UGCAGCCCACCACAGAUAGAAUGGGGCAGACAGAGCCGAGGGUGGCCAGAGGUGUGACUGAGUGUGGACACACACAGACAGACAGAGAGACUCACAGCCAUAUCACCAGAGAGGAGAACACACAUUUUUUGUGUGCGUAAAGCGAGAAGGUUUUUUUUUUUUAAAUUAGAGUUAGGAUUUUUAUUUUUUUCUCGGAAGAAGUCACCAGAGCGCACGGACUACAAUGCAAAGGAUUUUGGAGAUUUGGCUCACCUUAGUGACACUCUGCGCCCUGACCGAGAAGGUCUUUGGGGGCUACGGGUUGAGCAUGUUUGCUGCUCAGUCUUCCCCACCAGACCCGUGCUACGACGAGAACGGGAACCCCCGAAGGUGCAUCCCCGACUUUGUCAACUCAGCCUUCGGCAAGGAUGUGCGAGUGUCCAGCACGUGUGGCUCCCCACCAGCCAGAUACUGCGUGGUGUCCGAGAAGGGAGACGACAGGACGCGGGACUGCCACACCUGCGACGCGGGGGACCCCAAAAAGUGUCACCCGUCCGCUUAUUUGACUGACCUGAACAACCCGCACAAUCUCACCUGCUGGCAGUCGCAGAACUAUGCGCAGUAUCCCCAAAAUGUCACCCUUACCUUGUCCCUGGGUAAGAAAUUCGAGGUCACCUACGUGAGCCUGCAAUUUUGCUCACCCAGACCAGAAUCCAUGGCCAUCUACAAGUCCAUGGACUACGGCAAGUCCUGGGUGCCGUUCCAGUACUACUCGACCCAGUGCAAGAAGAUGUUCAACCGGCAGAACAAGGCGGUGAUCACCAAGCAGAACGAGCAGGAGGCCAUCUGCACGGACUCCCACACGGACAUGCACCCACUGACUGGGGGUCUCAUCGCCUUCAGCACCCUGGACGGAAGACCCUCGGCGCACGAUUUUGACAACUCCCCCGUGCUCCAGGACUGGGUGACCGCCACCGACAUUAAAGUGAUCUUCAGCCGGUUGCACACCUUCGGGGACGAGAACGAGGAUGACUCAGAGUUGGCCCGAGACUCGUAUUAUUACGCCGUGUCGGACCUGCAGGUGGGCGGACGGUGCAAGUGCAACGGCCACGCGUCCAAGUGCGUCAAGGACAGAGAAGGUCAAUUGGUGUGCGAGUGCAAGCAUAACACAGCGGGACCCGAGUGCGACAGGUGCAAACCUUUCCACUACGACCGACCCUGGCAACGCGCCACCGCGAGAGAAGCCAACGAAUGUGUCGCCUGCCACUGCAACCUCCACGCUCGUCGCUGCCGCUUCAACAUGGAGCUGUACAAGCUGUCGGGCCGCAGGAGCGGCGGGGUGUGCCUCAACUGUCGUCACAACACGGCGGGCCGUCAUUGCCAUUACUGCAAGGAAGGUUUCUACAGAGACAUGACCAAAUCCAUCUCACACCGGAGAGCUUGCAAAGCAUGCGACUGCCAUCCAGUUGGAGCUGCAGGGAAGACGUGUAACCAGACGACAGGGCAAUGCCCUUGCAAGGACGGAGUUGCGGGAAUCACCUGUAAUCGAUGCGCCAAGGGAUACCAGCAGAGUCGCUCUCCCAUCGCCCCCUGCAUCAAGAUUCCAGUUGCAUCCCCUACAGCUACUUACAGCGGCUACGAGGAGACAUCAGAUUGCGAAUCCCACUGUAAAGCUUCCAAAGGGAAAAUGAAGAUCACCAUGAAGAAAUACUGUAAAAAAGACUACGCUGUUCAGGUCCACGUUCUCAAAGGAGAUAAAGCAGGCGAGUGGUGGAAGUUCACCGUUAACAUCAUCUCGGUCUACAAACAAGGGGAGCACCGCAUCCGUCGCGGGGAUCAGCUGCUGUGGGUGCGGGCCAAAGACGUGGCCUGCAAAUGUCCUAAGAUCAAACCCGGCAGGAAGUACCUGCUCAUGGGUUCGGACGAUGACGACUCCCCCGGGCAGAGCGGGGUGGUGGCGGACAAGGGGAGCCUGCUCAUCCCUUGGAAGGACCUGUGGGGACGCCGCCUUCGGAAGUUCCAGCAGCGCGACAAGAGGGGAAAGUGCUAGAGGGGGGGGAAAAAAAAAAGAGGGAGAAGUGGAGGGAGAUCUCCAAUGUGAUGCAAGGAGGAAGGGAGGACAUACAAAACUGGAAUUCCGAGAGAUCCAGGUGAAAAGUAAGAGUGACUGAGUGCUGCUGCUCUGAGUUGGGACAAAAGAUUUAAAAAAAAAAAAAAGGUUUUUGUGAAGGAGCUCA